AUGGGAAGUAAGCAUCGCAAUCUCUCCCCAUUUCCUCCUAACUACAUUGCUAUUACAUUUCGACCAACUGAUGAGUUGUGGAUAUGCCAAGGUCCCCCAAAUUUCAUUGAAUUUGUCCACUCACUGUUGCGUUAUAUUUGGCCUAAAUAUGAACACCAAGAGCGUCAUUGUCAUGCUCCAGAAAAAAGGAAACAAAGAAAGGAGACACAAUUACGAUCAACUCUCAAAAAUUCGGUGUUUCGAAUCCCCGCAAAUCCUUUCAAUCUUUUGCCAAAUCAUCAGUCAACAGAAACAUCUGAGUCUACUUACAAAUUUAUUUCCUUGUUAGUAGCCUUUCUAUACUCCAUGGACUAUGAAAUCGUUUCUGCAGGUCAUUUUAUCCGGGGUACUGAGGCCAGUACGUGUCUUUUUCGUUGCACCAUCGAUUAUGAUUCACUAGCGAGUAAAAACAGCCUGAAGAAAGAUUGCCAAAUUCACACGCUCGGGUCUUUCACUCCCUUCUCUGUCAAACAAAUGAACGCCGUUGACUUCGAGUUCGCCAAAAAAAUGCUUGUUGUUGGGUUUGAAGGAUGGAACCGUCUUUAUUUUAUCAACAUCACCCAUAAGUUGGCCACAGAUCUAGUCAGUGAACUUGGAUCGGUUUGGCCAGAAAAUGUCAAAUUUCACAAAAUAGGAACCUCUGAUUCAAGUGACCAUAAAAAUGGACGGAAGGAGUCUAAAUCGGAAGAGGAGAUCGACAAGCAUUUAUCGUAUUUAGUUGAAUUUGAGGGGCACCCUUGGGAUUCCUACAAAGUUUACUCAGAACUCACGCCUUACUUAAUACUCACACUGAUUCGUGUACUUGACCAAGCCGGUUACAAGUACGAGAGCAGAGCAAACGUCAGAGGACUCUUGGAUACCGUUUUCUUUGUCAAACAAGAUUCACCGCCUCCAGGUGUUGAAAAUAUUGCACGAAUUUGUUUCUCUCUCUGUCAUCAAAAUAUUCUUCGAGUGUAUGGUGGAACGCCAAAGUUUUGUGCAUGGAUGGGUCAGCUUCUGCAGCAAUUGUGGAUUUCCGGUGUUUCCAGCAAAAAAGAAGUCUUGAUUUCACAGUUACUUUCUAAAAAUAAUGGCUCAAGUUCCAUCAACGAUUUGCAUUUCACGGAGGUGAAGUUCAAUGGGACACCAUUUUGUAUUCCUGAGUGGAACAAAGACAAUUUUUUAGCUGCUCAGUACAUGAUCGGUCGACUGGUGGGUGUUCUUUCACUGGUUGAAUGGAGAUUAUCAGCAUCCAUGAAUGUCUAUACCAGUCCCUACGACAAGAGUCUUCUAAUAUUUGAAAAGGAUCUUAACACCACUGAGGAGGAAAUCCUAGUGGAUCUGGAAGUAGUGGAGCUGGAAGUGAAAUCAGAAUCAGACGGCUAUGAAGGAAAUGUAAAAAACUACGACCUACUUCGACCAAUCUGCUUCACUUCGUACGACGUGGACCGCCUGUGUAUUUUGGGGGGUUCAAGGCACUUUCUUCUCAAUUUUAAUGACCUCUUCCUUCGAUUGUUUGAUAAUUCCUGCAGUGCUCAUGGCCUGUUCUCUCGCUGUCGGUGUAGAAAUAAAGAUAAUGAAACAAAGAAUCACAGUACAGAGUUCCAGGAUGCAAACGGAGCGAUUUCAGACAACUGGAUUGUCUCCCAUCAAUCCUAUACCCCGGAACUACUACAUAAGUUAUUCCUUGGUUCAGGACAUUCUAUCCUCUGUCUUCUUUCACCAAUCCAUGACAAUAUUGCUCUAUCAGCUAUAGCAGAUUUGGAUCCAAGUAAUGUUUUAGAAUAUGCAACAAAUUAUCAAAUGUGGGCUCCCAAUAUCUGCUGGCCACCUAAAAUGUUUCACAAAGCCAAAAAACGGGCGAAAAAGUUUUUCCAUAUGAGUCAAAUCCCUCUAGCAGUCCUUUGUUGGAUAAAUGAAUUCAUCAACCAGCUUGGCUCGCCAGAAUUUAUUAAAUCGCAGUCAGACCAAGGUGAAAGAAGUGCUCUAGACGAGGUUGAGGAAGUUACACCUCUCAAACAAUCCCUCAAGCAACGUGUUUUAGCCAAGCCCUACAAGAGGGUACUUGUAACGUGUUUGGAUUGUGCAUCAACAGUCCGUAAUGGGCCACCAGCCUGGAUAUAUCUAAUCAGAGAACCAAAUCAGCAAGUGGUUAUGGAAAGCAAAGAGUAG